AUGCCUAGUGAGGUGAAUGACAGCUCGGAAGUUGAGAAAAAAGGGAGUGAAGGUGAGGUUGAGAAAAAGGGGAGUGAAGGUGAGGUUGAGAAGCUUCUUGAAGAAGUAAUAGUGAAGGAUGAAAGUGAUGUUGUACCGAGUCAAGAGAAAGAAGUUCAUGAGCAACGCAACGAGGCUAGUCAAGCGACACCCAAGGCUUAUGUGCCUCCGGUUCCUUUUCCUCAAAGGUUAGCUAAGAAACAACUCAAUGAUAAAUUCAUGAAGUUCUUGGAAGUCAUGAAAGGACUUCAAGUGCAUAUCCCUUUCCUCCAAGCCAUGUCUCAAAUGCCCACUUAUGCCAAGUUUCUUAAGGAGCUCCUCUCCAAUAAGACCAAGCUCGAGGAAAGUGCUACUAUUGCUUUGACCGCCGAAGUUAGUGCCGUACUUCAAAACAAGCUCCCCAAGAACUUGAAGAUCCGGGGCAUUUUCUAUUCCUUUGAAGAUUGGGGACUUGGAGCCCAAGAGGGCCUUGGCGAUUUGGGGGCGAGUGUGAGUUUGAUGCCCUUGUCCAUAGCUAAGCAACUUAAUUUUGAACUCAAGCCUACAAGGAGGGUCAUUCAACUCGCCGAUAGAUCGAUGGAGGAAGACUCCCAAGUUCCUCUUAUACUUGGGAGGCCUUUCCUUAAAACGGCUGGGGUUCUUGUUGAUAUGAAACGUGAUGUGCUUACAUUAAGGGUAGGAGAUGAGAGCAUGGAGUUUUCUUUCAAGCGAUCAAUGAAGUCUCCAAUCAUGGAAGAAUGA